AUGAUUGGAAGUGUGUUGAUCCUUUGCCCCAACAAAGCAAAAUCUUUGGAGAGUAUUCUCUCUCCUCNGAGGAAUAUUUUCUACCAGAAAGACAUCAUCUACAGGCUGACCCCUGAAGGCCGCUUGAACCACCGGGCCUGCCAGCUUGCCCAUCAACACACAGACCGAGUGAUCAAGAUGAGGAAGGCUCAGCUGCAGGAGGAGGGAGAGCUGGAGAAGGUCAGGAGCAAGAGGCACCUGGACUUCCUGGACAUCCUCCUCUUUGCCCAAAGGGAGAACGGGAACAGCUUCUCUGACAAGGACCUCCGUGCGGAAGUGGACACCUUCAUGUUUGAGGGCCAUGACACCACAGCCAGCGGCAUCUCCUGGAUCCUCUAUGCUCUGGCCACACACCCCGAGCAUCAGCAAAGGUGCCGGGAGGAGGUCCAGAGCCUCCUGGGGGAUGGCGCCUCCAUCACCUGGGACCACCUGGACCAGAUGCCCUACACCACCAUGUGCAUCAAGGAGGCACUGCGACUCUAUCCACCAGUUCCAGGUGUUGGCAGAGAGCUCAGCAAGCCCAUCACCUUCCCUGAUGGACGCUCCUUACCCAAAGGAUUCUUAGUGUUACCCUCCUUUUAUGCCCUUCACCACAACCCAAAGGUGUGGCCAAACCCAGAGGUGUUUGACCCUUCUCGGUUUGCACCAGAUUCCUCACGACACAGCCAUGCUUUCUUGCCCUUCUCAGGAGGAUCAAGGAACUGCAUCGGGAAGCAGUUUGCCAUGAACGAGAUGAAGGUGGCGGUGGCCCUGACCCUGCUCCGCUUUGAGCUGGCUCCAGAUCCUUUCAGGGUCCCUGUUCCCCUUCCAAGAAUUGUGUUGAUGUCCAAGAAUGGGAUCCACCUGCACCUCAGGAAGCUCUCUAACCCUUGUGGGGACAAGGAUGAGCCCUGAGGGCCUCCUGCCUGCCAUCCUGUCGUCCUGUCAGUCUCUCCUGUCUGCUGUCUUCUGCCCACUUCCUGCUUUCACUCUGCCCACCUGCCAGCCUCCCUACUGUCCUCCUCUUGGGCAUCAGACUGUCUGCCCUUCUCUGUCUCACCCUUCGCCAAGAUUCCUACAUGUUUGUCUGUUUCCUUCCUCCCACCUGGCUGUAACUCUGACUCUCCAUGUAAAUCAUGAUCAGCUGCCUGUCCCCAGGCUUUCUGCCCUCUCCCUGCUGUUGU